GUAGAAAUGGCACACGGAAGGAAGUUAAGCAUCAGUGCGGCGGUAAUGGUGGUCUCGAGUCUGGUGACGGUUUGUUCCGGUUCGGCCAUACCGAUGUGGGAGUUUUUGAGCCGUGGCGAAAAGAUGUCACAUCUGUACACAAUGUUCGCCAAGCAGGUGUCGAGCUACUGCAAAAACUCGCAAGACAUGCCGACCAACAUGUGCAAGCGGAAUCUGCUGAUGUACGGUAUCAACAAGCUGCAGGACAUGAACGAAUCGCAUCUGGACUCGAUGGACCCGUACCAGCGUGGCGCUACUGAUAUAAUCUGGGACGCCAUGAUGGAUGGACACACGAAGAAUGGCAAAAAGAAAACCCAAACCACAGCAGCGCCUGCCUACAUCAUGAGCGAACAGUUCGAGCACAAUCCACUCUUCGACGAUCCGGCACCAUCGGAUGACGUUCGCAAGAGUGGCGGUAGCAUCAGCAAGUACGGUAUGGAUUAUGACUAUGGCAAUGGGCCUACUGGACAGGAGAUGCAUUACUCCGAACCGCAGAACCAUCUGCCCCAGGAAGCGUCUACCAACGUUGACUACAGCUAUCAGUACGAACCGGCCGCUUCGGCACACUUCAACAAUCUUGCUCCGUACGAGCAGACGAGCAACUAUCUAACCGGUCCAAUGGUGGUGCGUCUGCGUCCUGAUGGUAGCCCGGUAGAGGACGACAAGGUGCAAUCGACACCGGCCGUUCCCAAGGACGAUGACAUCAAGGAGAUGACGCUCGGCAAGGAGAAGAUGCCCAGCUUCCAGCAGAUCUACGACAGUCUGAAGCAGAACGAGGAACAUCAUCUUCCGUCGACGGUAGCACCGAUCACGACGACGACGACGACGACGGUUGCUCCGCCAGCGUUGCCAGUCGUUGCGCCCACACAGCAAGUGUUUGCCUACGUUCAGCGUCUGCCCAACUACCUCCGAUCGUACCGUACCGCUUACCGGGUGUACAACGCGCACUAAGCCGCAUCUUCGCCGCCCGUGGUGGUGAUCGAAAGCUGAAUGUGAUUUUAAUUAAUUAACUCAACCUAAAACCGACGAC